CGAUCAUAUCUAUCUUCACUAGACAAUAAUGCCUAUACACCAAUUAAGGAGGAAACCUAAGGGUGAAGGGUAUCAUUCAAUCACUUUAGGGUGUUUGAGUUUUCUCUAUCCAAUAAUCUCAUGCCAUGAAAAUUCCCCCCUUCACUCCCCAUUUUCUACUCAAACACUAGGAAUGGUUUAAAUACCCACUCAAUUAAAAAAAAAUUGAUUGGUUCUCUCUCUCUCCUCCAUUUUUUCUUCUUCACAUUCGGUGAAUACUCACCGCCCACAUCCAUUCUCUCCUACACCCCACUCACCGAUCCACCACCCGGAAUCAUUCCCCGUGCGGCUAACCCGAUCUCCGAUCACACUCCCCGCAAUCGUACCGUCCCCUCUAAUAAAUAUGGGAAAAACUCGUUUUUGUAAUGGUUCUAAGAAUUUAAUAGUGAGUUGACUGUCAAACUUUAAUAUAAUACAACCAUUAUUAAAACGACACAAAAUAUAACCUUAAAACCAGCAACAGUUAUACAUAUAUAUUUUCCUUUUUGUUAUUUCUAAGAAGAAAUUAGUUGUCAACUAAAAUCUAUGUAAUCACACUUCUUUCCCCUCAAAACAAAAAACGACAAAUGCCCAGGGCAUUACCGUAAUUUACUCACCAGUCCCAAUCCAUUAUAUAAACUCACCAAAAUCUCUCGUCAAUGCACAUCACUGUCUUCUUCUUUCUUUCACUCUAAAAAUGAGAACCCGACGGGGCACCUCGUACCCGAUUGUCGGAGCUCCGGUACCCAACAAUCGGAAACGGGCGAAGUUAACGACGUCUGUUAUCCGUAACUUCGAUGCGUUACCAGACGACAUCGUUUCGGCUAUUCUUGUAAAACUCGGCUCUACUGCUGAUUGUCCGGCUGAUUUUGUGGUCGCUUUAUUAACAUGCAAAAGAUUCAAUUGUUUGGGGUUAAAUCCAGUGGUGUUAUCACAAGCUGCUUCACCCGAAACGUUUGCGGUUAAAUAUACGAAAUGGUCGCCGGAGGCUCAACGGUUUCUUCAACGGUGUGCCGAUGCCGGAAAUGCUGAAGCUUCUUAUACACUAGGAAUGAUUCAAUUCUACUGCUGUUGUAACCACAGAACUGGGGCUGCUCUAAUGGCGAAAGCCGCGCUUAAAUCACAUGCUUCGGCACUGUACUCGCUCGCUAUAAUUCAGUUCAACGGCAGUGGAAGCUCAAAGUUCAUCAAAGAUUUAACAGGCGGCGUUACUCUAUGCGCCCGCGCGGCUUUUCUGGGCCACAUGGACGCUAUUCGAGAGCUCGGCCACUGCCUAAAAGACGGUUACGGUAUAAGUAAAAACAUCUCAGAAGGCGAGCGGUUAUUAGUUCAAGCUAACGCCCGCGAACUCGCAGUGAUUUGUUCAACACCGGAGUUAAUACCCGGUCCCAGGCUGCUACUGCCACCGUAUCCGUACUGUGCUAACGGUAUUGGGAGUGACUUAAGGUUUAGUUUAUUGCCUCGGAAAUGUCAUCCGGCUAACCGGUUUCUAGCGGGUUGGAACCGUGGUAAGAGUUUGUAUUCAGGGUAUAGGAUUUGUUCUUAUGUGGGGUGUGGGCGAUUGGAGACUAGGAUGCACGAGUUUCGGAGGUGUUCGGUGUGUGGUGUGAUGAACUAUUGUUCGCGGGGAUGUCAAGCGCGCGAUUGGACGCUCGGGCAUAAUCGGAAUUGCAGGCCGAUGGUGAGGUUUGCUAAUGUUAACGUUAACGGUGCUGGUGCUGGUGCUGGUGCUGGUGCGGGUGCGGGUGCGGGUGCGGGUGGGAUGUGGUGAGAAAAUAAGUUUGAGAGGAAAAAAUCUAUGAAGUGCAAUUAUGGAAUUUGGAAGUUAUGAUUUUAAGAAGAAAAAGUUAAGUUUUAAGUUAAAAGGGUGGCAAUUUUGUAAAAAAUAUAAAUUAUCAAUAUCAAUAUAUAGCUACCUGUUUUUUCUUU